AAACAUAGAAAAUAUUUUAAGCUGGUUUUAGUAUGAAAAAUUAAAGAAUCGUUUGAACUGUCUGUUGAAAGAUGGCGAGUAGCAGAUUUACUCUAUUUUGGGUUUUCAUCGGACUGUGUCUAGUGGGAACAGUCGUUAGUUUGGUAGUCGAUGAAUACCAAAAUAGUGAUAAAACACCCAUCACCGUGGAAGAUAAUCAUGUCAACGAUGAUCUUGAUCUCACCACCAGUGGCCAGGAAGGCCAGGUCACUCCGAAAAGAAAGGCAUUCCGAGUAAUCCAAGCCGAACGUGAAAAAAAGCAUUUGGAUCUGAAUCUACUUCGCAAGAAGCGAUUCAUUGGUAAUCUUCUGAAUCUGAUUCCCAAAAACAAAUCCCAUCAAGAAUGCACCACUCCUUCCGGAGAAAAGGGUCACUGCAAACGCUACCAGCACUGUAAGUUCGCGGCCUCGAAGGAAAAUAUCUGGAAGAUACUAGGACAGUUGUGCGUCAUAGAAAAUAUGUCCAUUGGAAUUUGCUGCCCGGAUAAUGCCACGGACGGAGUGGGACCGGAUUUCUCCCUUCGACUGCCGUCUCAAGCGGAUGAUUAUGAUUCGGUUGAUGGGCUGGACGGUGACAAUGCCGUCGAUGGUCGAGAUAACCGUGAUCGCCCGGAAGAACGGGGCUGUGGCAUAUCAACUAAACAACUGUCGAAGAUUGCCGGUGGACGGCCCGCUGAUCCCGGGGAAUGGCCCUGGAUGGCAGCGCUCAUUCCCAACAACGGACAGCAACAGUUCUGCGGAGGAGUUCUGGUCACUGAUAGACACGUCAUGACGGCGGCUCAUUGUGUGCUGAAUCUGAAGAUCCAUCAGUUUUUGGUGCGGUUAGGCGAGUAUGACUUUACCCAGUACAACGAGACCAGAUCCAGGGACUUUCGAGUGACGGAGAUUCGAAGCCAUGUGGAUUUCGAUCCAGUCAGCUACGAGAAUGAUAUUGCAAUGAUGAAAUUGUUCCGCCCGUCUUACUUCAACUCGUACAUCUGGCCAAUUUGCAUGCCACCGUUGGACGAUUCCUGGGAUAGUUACCGUGCGGUGGUCGUAGGGUGGGGAACGCAGUUCUUCGGAGGACCUCAUUCCAAGGUACUGAUGGAAGUUGCACUACCAAUAUGGUCCAACAGAGACUGCCAGGAUGUGUACAUUAACCGAAUCUACGAGUCAAGCAUCUGCGCCGGAGACUAUGGUGGGGGUAAGGACUCGUGUCAGGGUGACAGCGGUGGCCCUUUGAUGCUUCAACUUCCGAACAAUCGAUGGGUAGCGGUUGGAAUCGUUUCCUGGGGAAUUCGGUGCGGUGAGGCGAAUCAUCCUGGCAUCUACACCCGAGUGAGUUCGUACGUUCGAUGGAUCAUCGAGAAUGCUGUGUUUUGAGCUGGGUGAAAAUUUUAAUGACCUCUAUAAUGGAUUGCAUUUAUC